GUGCUGGGGGGCGCCCAUCUCAGAGUGUUUGGAAGAGCAAUACAUGCCAUAGCACGUAUUAGUGAUGAGUUUUGGUUUGACCCCAUAGAAAAAGGUCUUGCCUUAAGAUCAGUGAACUCUUCAAGGUCAGCGUAUGCCUGUGUCUUCUUCUCAUCCAUGUUUUUUCAACAUUACUGCUGGGCAGCUGUGUCUCAGCCACAUCAGAAGGAAAAACAGUUAUCCCCCCCAUGUAAACUGAUAAUUAAGUCAGUUCUUCCUGUAUUUAGAUGUGUAAACGUGCUGGAAAGGAAUGUAGAGAAAUGCAGCAUUUACACAACUAUUAAUGGUCACAUAACUUUCCAGCUCCUCUGCAAACACGGUGUUGUAAAAACAUAUAAUCUGACCUUUCAAGAAUGUGAUCCCUUGCAGGCUGUUUUUGCAAAGCACUUGUGUCCAAACAUACUUAAAGUCCAGUCCAGGCUGCUGGCUGAUACAAUGAUUCACUUCACCACCAGUCAAGAGGAAGUAACCUUAUCUGUUACUCCAAUGAAAGUCUGUUUCAAGAGUUAUGCUGAGGAAGACACUGAUUUUUCAAAGAUGAUGCUUACUGAAAUACAACUAAAUCCAGAGGAAUUUGACUACUUUCAAGUUGGAGUAGACUCUGAAGUGACGUUUUGCCUUAAAGAACUGAGGCCUGUGGCAGCUUGGGUGCUGUUUAGCCUCUCGGUGUUUGUGUUUAGACCCAUCGCUUUCAGCAUUGAAGACAUGGUGCUGGAAGCCAGCUUGAUUUUGGCCACCUUGUCCGAGGUGGAGAAGGAGAGGGCUUCCCAGCAGGCUCCCUGCUCUUCACCGCGGCAGGAGAG